CAACACUGAAUUGGCAACCCUGUUGUGCGUAAUGAUACAAAAAAAUCAGAGAAGUUCUUUAUCACAAUUUUGACCAAUUUGCUUGCUGGAGUAUUGGGGAAAAGGCAAAAUAAAAUUGUUGAAAAUUAUGAUACGGUUCAUUUUGAUACAAAAUCGUGCUGGUAAGACUCGUUUGGCCAAGUGGUAUAUGAAUUUUGAUGACGACGAAAAGCAGAAGCUGAUCGAAGAGGUGCAUGCAGUGGUGACAGUACGGGAUGCAAAACACACAAAUUUUGUCGAGUUUCGGAACUUUAAGAUUGUGUACCGCCGAUAUGCCGGACUCUACUUCUGUAUCUGCGUUGAUGUAAACGACAACAAUCUGUGCUAUCUUGAGGCGAUACACAAUUUUGUGGAGGUACUUAACGAGUACUUCCAUAAUGUAUGUGAAUUGGACCUUGUAUUUAACUUUUAUAAAGUUUACACGGUAGUAGAUGAAAUGUUCUUAGCUGGAGAAAUACGUGAAACGUCGCAAACAAAGGUGCUAAAACAAUUAUUGACGCUGAACUCACUGGAAUAAAAACUGCUGCCAUCGAUGCAUUCCAUUAAAUAAGUGUGUUUAUUCCGAAAAUUAAGUAUG